AUGCGAAAAUUUGUGAAUUCAGUUGUACGAUGGCGCAGUAAGAAUAAACAGAAAACAAAGCAAUACAUUGACGUUUUCACAAAUAUACCACAUGAGAUAAUAUUAAUAAUAAUUGAAUAUUUGGAUUAUGAUGCUCAUGAUGUUGCUGCUUUGUCUAGGGUAAAUAGAAAAUUGAGAUAUCAUACGAAAGAUAAUUUUUUAUGGUAUAAAAUAUGUUUAGAAUAUUUUCCUGCCGACUUACCUAAUAAAUUACAAACAAAAGAUUGGAUGAAAAAAUUUAAAGAAUUAUAUUGGAACCGCCAUAAAAUUAUAUUCGCUGAAAAAAUUGAAUCAACUAAAUUAAUAACUUACGGAUGGAGACCAAAAUCUGGUCAAUUCUCAGACAUAAAAAUUGACCGUAAACACCCCAAUAUAGUAAGGGCAAUUCAAGAAUCGUUUGAUAUGGAUAUUAGGUUUGAAUCUAUUUCACCAGGAAUUUAUGAAAUUUUAUGGGAAAUGAAUAUUUAUAAUUUACUGAGAGCUCAAAGAUUUCAAUUUAUAACAAAAAUUUUUCACAAUAAUUGUGAUUUUACUACCAUAAAAGAAUAUUCAGACACUCCAUCACCGGAAGCUUUUAAAAUAAUAUCUGAUAGAGGAUGGUUCACAUAUAGAAUACCUAAAAGAAUUACAAUUGGACAAAAUCAAAUUAUAUCUGCCAAAUUUAUUGGACAUGCUAAAAUGUGUUGUAGUAAUCCACAAGAUUGGCCUGCCCCAAUGGCAUUAUAUUGUGUAUAUUUGAAAAGAUAUAAAAAUAAAAAUGAAACAAAAUGUAAAAAAAGACGAUAUAAAAAUCAUUUUAUCAAUAGAUUAUUAAAUAGAUAA